UGGAGUCAGCCCAUUCACCAUAAAGGCAACCCUCAGUCGUCCUUUUCAAAUCGAGUAGUAUAAAUGUAAAGAGCCAUCGGUAGAGAGAUUUCGGUGUAAUGGUUCCAGUCUACUUGGACGACUUUGCGCUGCAGCCCUUAUAUUGCGUACAAGCUUGCCCUUUUCCAUCGAUUCGGAUUCGACCUCACUGUCAAUACGAAAAUCAGGUGGACGGUCCCCUGCUAUCAUCGCUCGCUAGAGAUGGUUUUCCUUCAACGAAAGGAGAAUGGGGUGAGUUUUGGCUACGUGGUAACAAAGAGAGUGGAGUGACAAACGCCGCGCGAGUUACUCAAGCUAUCGAGGCUCUUGGUCCCACUUUUGUCAAGUUUGGACAGGCUCUAUCCGCUAGACCCGAUAUUGUCCCGAGAGAGUUAGCCGAUGCCUUGAUCGUACUGCAAGACAAUAUGCAAACUUUCGAUACGGAGACUGCUCGUGAAACAAUUCGAUCAGAGCUACAAAACAAAGCCAGUACGACAGCACUGGACGCCAUUCUUACUAGUUUAUCGGAGUAUCCUAUCGCAGCGGCAAGUAUUGGACAGGUGUACAAAGCUACUCUGCCCGGCUAUGGAGCUGUAGCGAUCAAGGUGCAAAGGCCCGGCAUCCAUAAAACUGUCGAGCAGGACGCAUUGCUGCUGAAAUCUGUAGCGGCAUGGCUGGAGUCGCUUCCUGCUGGUGUACCAGGAUCGAAUCGACCUUUGGUGGCUGCAAAGCUAGUCGAUGCUGUGGAUGAAUUUAUGACCCGAUUGUUUGAGGAGCUUGACUACGGAAAUGAAGCAACAACAUGGAAACGUUUGCAAAGCUCUAUUCUGUUCGAAAGGAGUCUUUGUACCGAGCAUGUUCUCGUCAUGGAGUGGAUUGAUGGCAGUAAACUUACGGAUACCGAAAACGGUCGAGGCAAGGCGGAGAAUCUGCGAUUGAUCGAGACAGGUAUAGAAUGCACAUUGUCGCAAUUGCUGGAUACAGGAAUAUUGCACGCUGAUCCACAUUCUGGUAAUCUUAUCAAAGUACGAACGGAAGAAGGCAUGCGGCUCGGAUAUCUCGACUUCGGCGUUUUGAGUACAGUGCCAGAGCAGGUUCGUGACGGCCUUGUUUGUGCCGUCGUUGAACUGGUGUUUGCACGUAAUGUUCAAGCGGUGGCGGAUCUUUUCGCGGAAAUGCAGCUUCUCGCGCCCUCAGUCAUGGCAAAUCCUCUCGAAAAAGCAGCUCUAGCAGCUGCUCUCAACCAAAUAUUAUCUGACGUGCUUCAGUUUCCAAGCGAUGAAGCGAUUGCGGAAGGCGUUUCUCCUGUACCACAACUUCGCUUCGAUGUUCUCUUGACGUCUCUUUUUUCUUUGGUGACUCGAUUUGAAUUUACGCUUCCCCCGUACUUUCUCAACAACGCUCGCGCUUUGGCAACGCUGGAAGACCUGGCACUCGUAUUUUUGACCUACAAAGAAUGAAAAAACUUUUACAGGAUUCCGCGUUUCUUACUGGCUACUCUAGACGCAAGGUUCUCGUUGAUGUCUUGUCUUGUCGAGGUGGGCAGCGUGUCUUCGGUAAAGUACUAUUGCAAAUUCUGUCCAACCCUUCAAUUUUGCUUAGCGAACGUGCCGUUGACAACGGCUUU